GUUUAAAAACUUCCACAAAGUACAAAGUCACUUUAUUUAGAAAAUUUUGUCCCGGCGUGUUUUAUGGCAUGGUCCUAACGUAUGUAGCUUAAAGGUUGUAGUUAGCUAUAAAACAUUGUUACUUAGCCCAAAUUGGACAGCUGCACGGCGCCAUAUGUUUUGAGGCGAGCUGAGGUAACUGGAUUGUAAAACGUCAGUGCUUGACAACAUAGUUUAUUACCGCGUAAUGUACGGGACCAGACGGCGCCAUGUAUCAAUUGUCCAAUUUGUGGCUACAAUAUUUUACACAAAUUUACGCGUCUUUUGCUCCGUUUACCUCAAAAAUAGUGCCAAGACCCGCACAUGCGCGUUGCAGCGAUCAACAUCCCGCCCAAGCAACCCAGCCCCAAGCUAAAUACAUCAAACAUUUUUAUUACAUCCAUGAAUGAAACAACGUAAGCAGUGAUGGGGAACCAAUUCAAAAACGUGGCAGUGAUAGCCUGCCUGAAAACGUUUCUAUUCAUCUUCAACAUAGUGUUCUGGUUGUCAGGCCUGCUGUUAUUAAUAGUGGGGCUAUGGGCGGAAUUCGACCUGUACAAGUACAUGCAGCUGUCUUCCGAGUUCUCCGGCACAGCACCACACGCCAUGAUCGGCAUCGCCGGGCUCAUCGUGCUAGUCAGCUCCGUGGCCUUCUCCUGCAUCAUCAAGGGGCAGCCCGUGCUGCUGUACAUCUACGGCGGUUUCCUGGCCUGCAUCUUCAUGAUGGACGCGGGCGUCGGGGCGUCGGUGGCGUGCUACCGCGAUACCUUCUCCAAAGGCCUUUACGAUGGACUCACGCAGACGCUUGUGUCCAACGACCGGCAUAGGGGAAACUUUGACUUGGCUCAAUCCACUCUACAUUGUUGCGGCGUGUCUAACUACACGGACUGGGUGCGCGUGCAGCGCUCCAUCCCUCUGUCGUGCUGCGUCAACCCCGAGGAUUGCAUAACUGCCAACUAUAGCCACGUGUAUCAGGCAGGCUGCUACAAAGUAAUCGUGGAAUAUCUCGAAAGCAACAUGAACAUCCUGAUCGGCAUCGCAAUCGGCACCGCACUGUUCCCACUGGUCGGCACCGUCCUUUCGUGCUGCCUCGCGAGUUACAUCAAGAAAUCUAAGUAUGACGCCAUGAACUGAGUGCUACGGCAAACACCUGUGGUGACAACCGAUGCGAGAUUCUAAGUAUUAAAGUGCUGGAUUCCAACUCACGCUGCACUUAGCGUCGUAGAGAAAUCCCCAGCCUUUCUGUACAACGCGAUUUACAAAGUAAAGCGUGAGCGGAGACCAGCGCCUAACCAAUGGACUGAAUGAUUAUAUACUCAAUUAUUAUUAGAAUUAAAUGAUAAAUAUAACACAACUAAAGUUGUGGCUUUAUAUUUAAACUGUCAAUACUCUACAAGUUCAAAAUUAUCAUCCUAUUUAGGUUAGAAAAUCUUGAUGUACAGCAAAUUUAUUAAAAUGUAUUAUAUUCAUUAUGUGAUUAAAUUGUGCCAGCAAA